GACGAUUUUGAAUGUCAACGUCCAAACGAUUUAACCAAAUUAGGAACACUGCAUCAUGGAAAAAGUCAAGAAAACAAUAUAUUACGCCGUGUUCAACGUGUCGGAAUGCAUGAGUGUGUAACAGAAUGCUUGGUGACGUCACAAUGCAUCGCAAUAAACUAUCGAAAAGACUGGAAGCUAUGUGAUCUACUCGGAGGUAUGCCUAGAGACAAACAGCUCAAUGAUGAGUCUAGAAGUACCUUUAGUAAAAUAUCAACAUGGCCAAAGUCCCUUGCCGGAAGAUGUGCAGACCAUACGUGUGAUGUUGGAAAAAAAUGUGGAAAAAAGCAAAAUGGUGGUUUAUCCUGUUUACCUGCUUAUUGCAAGGAAUCUGCUCCAGAUAUAAAAAAUGCAGCCUGCAUAGAAAAGUUUGGAAUGUAUAAAAAUCUAGGAACAGCCAACCUUUUUAAAUGUAAUUCAGGUUUUACCAUGAGAGGGAAUCCAUUUCUAGUAUGUAAAGACAAUGGGGAAUGGAAGAGUUUGUUUUGCUGCCUCCCAAAUAACAGAGUGCCACAAGAUUGUAAUGACAUACCAUCUGAUUGUACUUCUGGGAUCUAUAAAAUAAGUCCUGAAGGUAGGAGUGAGUUCGAUGUGUUCUGUGAUAUGGAAACAGCGGGCGGGGGGUGGACUGUGUUUCAGAGGAGACUAGAUAACUCAACGAAUUUCUAUAGGGGAUGGUCUACCUAUCAAAAGGGAUUUGGAAACCUGCAGCAGGAAUUUUGGCUAGGAAACAAAUUCAUCAACGAGAUAUCAUCUAGCGGUUAUUACAGACUUUACAUCGAACUUGAGGACUUUGAUGGAAAUAAAAAGAAUGCAGAGUAUGAUUUGUUUAGCGUUGGCAAUGAGGCUUCAAACUACAUCUUACGUGUUGGUGGAUACCGUGAAUCUAGUACUGCAGACGACAGUUUUUCAUAUCAUAACGGCAUGGAGUUCAGUACCUUUGACAAAGAUAAUGAUAAAUGGGAGGGUACUAGCUGUGCUAUAUUGCGAGAUGGUGCUUGGUGGUAUAAAACAUGUAUAGAGGCAAAUCUUAACGGGUUGUAUCUAGGAGGAAAGACAGAUAUAUUUGGUGAUGGAAUUGUUUGGAAAUCAUGGCACGGAAAAAAAUAUUCUCUUAAAUCUACAAAAAUGAUGAUAAAAAGGAACUAAAGAGCACAUUUCUUCCGCAAUGGAAAUAUUUUAUGUAUAUAUGAAUUAUUAGAAAAACACAAUACCAGCAGUGCAU